UGUUUAAUCGAUUGAUUGAGGAUGGCGAUCAGCAGCUCCAGAAGCAUCGCUUUUGGUCAAAACUAGAUCGGAGACUGAUAUUAAUUGCUGCUAGUGCAGCAUUGAGUGCCAUUCUCGUACUUUUGAUAAUAAUGUUUGCAGUUCAAGGAUCUACCCCAGCUAAUAAACUCAAAGUUAUUUCAACGUUAUCGUGUGGUCGUCGUCCAGGUGCAUUCCAAAGGCCUUGGUUAGCGGAAGUCUACUUUCGGAAAGACUCAACUUGGGAACGCCCGAACAUAAUGGGGGUCAUCCUUAGCCCGCGAUACAUUCUAACUCCGGCGCACGAGUACAGCAUUUACUCCGAGUUUGGUGUCCGUGUUCUUUUCGGCGAAAUCAACCAUCCUCACUCGGUAGAAGAUUCGUACUUUGCAAAUCGAACUUAUCGGGACGUAAUUAACGCCGAGUCCGAAGUUCACGAAAACUUCAAGCUUGGCGUCAGAAGGUUCAACCUUGGCCUGCUGCGUUUAGACACGGACGUCGAGUUCACUGACCGCAUCCAGCCAAUCUGCCUGCCGGAUGUUCGUCCUGAACCGCCGGAGCGGUUCACAAUCCUGCCGGAUGUGGUUAACGGGAGCUCCACCGUGACUAGGGUGGACUUUGGUCGUUGUUCGAGCGAAUGGCGACGGUAUGGAUUCCACGAUAGACCGGAGUUUUCCGAAAGUCACGCGUGUGUCAAACUGGAGCGCGAGCAUGACGACUGUUACGGAAUUGAGGGAUCGCCCCUGCUGGGGCGUUUUGAGGACCACGGUGUGGAACGAUUUGUGCAGUAUGGGUUCAAAUACUUUGGCGAUUGUACGGACGGGUUGCAGAUCUAUACCAAUGUGAGCUUUCAUUUGGAGUGGAUUUUGGAGAGGAUAAGGGUUUGAACUUUAAAGUACCAAAA